AUGGUGGACUUCUUCUGCUGUGGAUUCCAGGACCUUGUUGGGGAGGAGGAAGCAGAAGAAGCCUUAGGCUACCUGGAAGACACGCACCAACAGACAGUCACGCAAGAGCACUGCACCACCCUCCAGACAAAUACCAGUAUGGCAGACGGGCACAGCAGCGCCCCGCCGCCCCUCGACUGCUCGCAGCCGGAUCUAAACUGCCUCGUAAGAAAUAGUACCUGCAUGGAUCAGAGCUGGUUAAAGGUUUCCAAAUGGACUCCAUCCGCUCCAAGUGCUCUUGAUGUGCAUUCUGAUGUUUUCCUUGACAAGGAGGGAAAUCUGCUCCCUGUACUGCGGAUCGAGUGGAAAGUGGCUACUGAUGCAAGCAUUCAGCAUCUUUGGGGAGCAGAGCUGGCUGUGCUACAAAUGAACAAUAAUCGACAAAUGUGUGUCCAGUUUGACUUUCAGAACAACCUGCCACUUCAGGUCCGUCCAGAUGGAAGCCGGUGGAACUUCACUUUCAACCGCUUUGAGGUGGAACCUGGCCAAAUGUACCAAGUGACUGUCCAUCACCUGCCCAAACUGGGCACCAGUGGAGACUACAACUGCAAAUCAGAAUCUUACACAGUGCCUGAUUGUAGGCACCCUGUGAUGAAAAGAACCUUGCCAUGUAUGCAGACAGGCAACCUGUGGGAGCCCAGUAUUGAUGGCAAAAGUCUAGAUGAGAGUUCCGUGGAAUUAAGUUUUAGCCCUGGGAUGGAGUCAGCCCGAUACCGGAUCCAUGUGACCAGCUUCUCAGAUGAUGAAAAGCCGUGUAAACAGACCACUCAGGAUAUUUCUGAGAGUGGACUGCAACACCGUGUGAACGUCACUGUCAAAAUUGAGAAAAACUUAAAAGCCUGUUGCAGAUACAAAAUACAGAUUCAACCAUUCUUUGCCAGUUGUAGUACUGACUGUCUGAGACAUUCUACUGUCAUCCAAUGUCCCUCAGUGGCUCCAAUUACGUAUCCUGCAGAUGAUCCACUUAUGUGGCUAUACUGGAGUAUCACUGGCAUCUGCAUUUUACUGGUGGGAUCAGUCAUAGUUGGUGUUAUUUACAUGACUCGAAGACCAGCAGGCUGCCAGCAUGGGAAAUUCAGCAGCAACAACAUUGGCCAUGAGUUGUUACUUCCACAGGUGCCUCCACCACUCCUGAAGCCCCGGAAGGUUUGGAUUGUGUACUCUGCUGAUCAUCCACUUUAUGUGGAUGUGGUGGUGAAGUUUGCCCAGUUCUUGAUCACAGUCUGUGGUACUGAGGUAGUCCUGGAUCUGCUGGAAAAGCGUCAGAUUUCAGAGAUUGGGGCCUUACCCUGGCUUACUCGACAAAAAAAGGAAAUGGAAGAACUCUCUUCGAAGAUCAUCCUUUUGUGUUCUCGGGGAACCCAGGCAAAGUGGCAGGCUAUGCUGGGAAAGGAGGGAACAGAUGUAUGUCUCAAACAAGAUCGAUGGGAGCCUUUUGGAGACAUGUUCACUCCAGCCUUGAAUUUGAUCCUGCCAGAUUUCAAGAAGCCAGCUUGUUUUGGAAUGUAUAUAGUCUGCUAUUUUGAGGGCAUAAGUGAAGAUAAGAAUAUUCCUGACCCAUUCAAUGUCACAUCCAAGUACCAGCUGAUGGACAGGUUUGAGGACAUUUACUUCCUGAUCCAGGAUAUGGAGAAGUUUGAACCAGGGCGGAUCCAUCAAAUCCAGGAGAUCACUGCUGACAACUAUGCUGAAAACUCCAGUGGCUGGAAGUUGAAGGAGGCAAUACAGACAUUCCAGGAAUGGCAGGCAAAGCACCCUGAUUGGUUUGAGAGAGAGAACACAUGCUCAGAAGAUGAAGAGGACCUGCAGUCUCUGGACAGGGAAAUACCAGAGGAAUUAAUGCUGGUUGAUAGGGUAAUUAUGAAACGGCAGCUGCAUGUUCAAGAGCCAGAUGCAAAUGGCUGUUGUGCUGUUAUCCUCCAUGUGAAUGAAGAUGAGGGUGAAAGUUUUAAACUGCAGCCUCAGCUUAAGCAACAGCAGGAUCCAGCUUUCCAGACCCUGAUGAUUCCUAUGGAUGAGGCUCCUCCAGUUCAGAUGGUGGAGCCAAUCUGUCUUGCAGAAGGUAAAAAUGUAGCUAGUCAUCAGGUGCUGACCAACACGGAUUGGAUGGAAGGAAUCCCUCUGCUCGAGACUAGUGUCCCAAUGAGGAACAGCAUCAUCCUGCAUGAUGAUUUUGAUGUCCCAUCAUCAGACAACCAGAAAUCUGCAGACAACCUCCCAAAUGAAGUGAGGCAACAGCUGGAGGGAUUAAUGUACUCUCUUUACCAGCAAAGCAUCAUCCCUUCUGAGCCCUCUCUCGGGCAAGAAGAUGGUGAAGAGCAACAGCAGCAGGUAGUUUUCAAUAACCCAUGCAAAGAUCAGAGACAGUCAGUGCAAUCAGACCAGGGCUAUAUCUCCAGAUGUUCCCCUUUGCCUCCUGAUGAUCUGGUAGAGGAGGAUGAAGAGGAGGACCAGGAACAGGAAAAUGAGAUGCCUCCUGAGUAUCUCUCUCCAGAGGUCUUGGACAGUUUAAAAAGCCUCCAACAAAAGCUACUUUUCCAGGAAAUUCAGCAGAAAUCUGUCUGGGAGCACACUGGUGGGAUAAUGGACACAGGUCAUUCUGCAGAGGACUCUUAAACUCUCUCUCCAGAACUAUACCAUUUGAAAAAUAGGGUUGGGGAGUGGUAGCAUGUAGAAGUUCAGCACUCUUCUUCAGGCAGUCUCCUGACCCUAGCAACACAAGUGUUCUGAUCAGUAAGAAAUCUCUCACUGAUGCACAUCACCCAGAGGCAGACUUGCCAAGUAGAUGUUAUGGUCCACCACAUAUACCUCUCAGAGCACAACUGUUACCUCUAAACCUAUCUCUGAAUCAAAGAUGAUGACAGGAAUGUUAUUCUCCUGCAUAUUCUCUGGAGGAUGUGGUACUAAACCUGUUACUCUGUAAGAAAUCUAUUAUGUGUAGUAUCCACCGUGAACUAAUUACAGGCAAAUUAUGGUGGUCCAUCAUGGUGCAUCUUUCAGGAUGACUGUUACACCAUCCGUCCAUCUUCUUAUAGAGCAGUGUUUCUCAAACUGUGCUCCGCGGAGCCCCAGGGCUCCGCGAGGUUGACAAACUAGAAACAUCGAUAGCUACAACACACACAAUCAGUGGACCGCUGGGGCUCUGCAUUAAUUUUUAUGCAUGUAAAGGGCUCCGGAGCCCAAAAAGUUUGAAACCGCUGUUAUAGAGGAUCAAAGCCAUAGCUAUAGAGGAGAAAAGAUAAAGACUGAUUCUGAGAUCAGAAUUUAUUAGUUAAGCUUUAAUGUAAAUGCUGUAGUAAGUAAGUUUAUGCCUCAUACCACAACCAAGGAUGACAGAUCCCAGUAGUCCCUCUUGUGAUAGAAAAUCCCAGCACCCUGGUACUAAUGCAUUAUUUGCAUUGGCAUCACCAUACUUGCCUGGCCAUUAAGCAGCGUAGCAGGAUGCUGAGCAAUAAUUGGGAUGAGCAUUUUUAAAUGGGUAGUUUUAUCUCCUUGGCACAUUCCUCUCAACCACUAUGAGCGGAAGACACUUGAAAAGCAGCAACACCACAAGAAACGCAAGCUUGAUGGAGAGAAAAUGGGAUAGGAACUUGCAGUGCAAUUAUAGCAGAAAAAAGAAUGUGCUUUGAGACUACAUAUGGUCUUCAUGUCAUAGAUCUGCGAGGAAAUGUGUUUUCUCUAUUGCGCUGAUUGUUCUAUCCAGGAUAUUGUGUUUAAUUCUGAGCAUCUCAACAUCAGGAAGAUUUAAAACUGGAGCUGUGGUGAGAAGAGAAGUAAACACAAGGGUGUUAAAGAGUAAAAUAAAAAUUUAGUAGUAAA